CAAAUUAACAGACCACGCGUGGCUCAUGAGUUUUGUUGUUUGACACAGAGCCACUCAGGUGGACGUUACGAUCUCAUAUCGAGGUUCUCAUCAGUGAAUUGUCAAUUUUGUCACAUCUGCGAGUGCGGAACUCUUAUAAUUGAGUUGUUUUACAUUUAGCGCGACCAAAUGAACCUCAACUUCCAAGCCGAGUACUUCGAGCCGCCAGCAGCCUGCAAAUCCGCCUUCAUGGAGUUGCCUUCACCACCGGGCACGCAUAGUUACUCCAGCUACAACUCUGUGCCGCCAAAUUACAACCCUUACACGGCGGCCAUGAGGUAUUACCAUCACUCUCCAACAAGCCAGGAGUACUCACAUCCAUGCAACGCCCGAAACUCCUUUCCGAUGGCACCGGUUUUAAGCCAUCAUCCACUUUCACAUCAUCCCUACUUAUCGCCAUCGUUAACAGCAUUUGGAGCUCAUCACGAGUCACCUCUCGACGGUAAGUCGACUUAACAAUCUUUUUGGAGCAGCAAUGCAGCCCUUUUUCAGUGAAAAAACUUGUAAGUGGGUUGUAAGCGCUCUAAUGCCCCCCUUGGUCGGAGUAGUUGAUACAAAUUAGAGAGGUUUGUGGACUCAAUAAGUCUAGUAAAAUACUUUAGAAGUGUUAACUUGUAUUGUGAAAUGGCAGGAAAAUUAGUUCUAAGUGAACUGUUAAAAUAGUUCAGUGCCUUUUGUCUUAGAAGUUAAGCGGUGAAAUGAUACAAUUUAUAGAUGUCACUUCAUUCGUUGUUGCUUAAGGAAGGAAUUAACCUGCUAAAUUCUUUUUUAUUGUAGAACUGAAAGGAACAUGUGACGAACCAAGGUUAAACGGAAAAGGGAAAAAGAUUCGAAAGCCGCGAACAAUCUACUCAAGUUUCCAGCUUCGAGAAUUAACAAAACGUUUUAACAAGACCCAAUAUCUCGCUCUUCCUGAGCGGGCUGAGUUGGCCGCCUAUCUUGGUCUGACACAAACCCAAGUGAAAAUCUGGUUCCAGAACAGACGUUCAAAGUUUAAGAGGAAUGGUAGUAAGGGAAAUGAGGACCUCAACACAAGUGAUGGGCAAAUUAAAACUGAUAGCAGGCCAGGGUCUGCUACAGAGUCACCUAACGACGUUUGGUCAAGCGAGGAACAAUCAACAAGCACUGGAAAUCGCGAUUCAGAUACACCAAACGGUAUUGCCGUAUUGAGCAGUAGCAAGCCAGCGAUUCCAGCACAGAGCUUAAGCCAGUGGUGUUUAGCAAGUGCAAUUAAGUCUCCAUUCCUUACAGAGCGCUGUAAUAGAAUGUGAUGGCUUCGCAAGCAACCACUUUAAUUCUAAAAACUCUGUAUAAAUGUACAAAACUUUGCGCUCCAUCAAUGAUAUCAAGUUAUCAGCUGCGAACAGUUAUCUGUUACUGAGUGGCCUUAUGAACUAUAAAGAGAUAUCGGUAUAAUAAAUUUUAAUCUCAUAAAACGUUGAAAAAGUUUUAAAAAUUAAAGACUGUAAAUACGAUUCAUUUGUGUCAUAGUUUAAGUUGCUGUCUAUUCUGUUAAAAUCUUUAAGGAAUCUUUUGUUCUAGUAUAGCUCACUUGUAAACUGGUAAAACAUUUUUGCUGUACACUGACUUAAACGAUACGAAAUCUCGUCGUCUUGAGUCGAAUUGCUUCAUGAAGUUGCUGACAGUCUGAGAUGAACGUAAUAUCUGAUACUUAAGGUAACAACGUAGACUCAUCAUUCAGUAUAAAGUGGAAAAAUUCUGUCCUGAAAUACAACAGCAAAUUUUUUGAGUUCUGCUUAGAUAUCAGACAUUGCGAGAUUUGGGCGCAUAUCUGUCUGUUUCGAAACAAAAAAUUAAAGGGAAAAUAAGGUAUUUACUCUUAUCUAUUAUUUAUGAAAGUAUCAAUGACAUUUAGCAAUGCUAAAGCGCUUAGUAUCAGAUGAAUAAAGGACCCGUUAUCAACCG